UUUUUUUUGGGUGAAACGAGAAGUGGUUGUAUAACCACAGACCACAUAUGUGGUAAUACUUAGCCAUUGCAAAUUAUGCUAAUAUUUGAUGGCCUCAUCGCUCCCAUCACUAAAAUUUGUUCCUACCUGUAAAAUGUUGGUCACCCGUUGCUAGUAGAUGCAUAAACUCACUAAACGGAGGCCUCAGUUCCGUAUGCAGCGAUACGAAAGAAGAAGAUGGUUCUAUCGCAAAGUUUUGCUCUAGUGAGUCCCCGAAAAAGUGUAAAUAGCAUUUUCCCCACGAAUAUAUUGCAGAUUAUGGUUCAUCCUUAAGGAAGGUUGAUUUGUGAACUGUUGUUGUGCAUCGUAAAAUUUCUUAAAUAUCCGGGUAUCUUCUCGAGAAUGUAUGUGAUCCAGGUUGGUAUUUACCAGAUAUGCUUAUGUCUUUGGCGAAAUUUCACUAGCUAACUAUGUACCGAUAAAACUGCAUGUGAUGCAAGAAACCACAAGAGUAUUACACUAUAAUUAUGGAAACUUCUAAACAGAACUGCAUUGUAUUAGAUGAUGAAUAUAAAGAUGACAAUGUGGAUCUCAAAUUAUCAUAUCCAGCUAAUUACUUCAAUAAUAUCGAGAACUCUGACUUAUCACAUGUAAAUGAAAAUGGAAUAUCCGAUGGUUAUGCAGAAAUAUAUUCCCCCACUGGUAGUAUAUCUAGUUCAGAAUCGGUAGAAAUUCCGUAUGAUAUUCCUGAUAGUCAAAAGUAUCAUGAUCUCGGUGCAUAUAUAAACUCAGUUGUUGUUGCUGCUUGUAAGAAUGAAUCCUUAAAUCCUAUAAAGCCCUGUCCACAGUUAUCACAAAAAGAAACUGCAUAUAUAACCAAUCUAGAAUUAACCGAGUCGGAUAUUGACAUGGUACAUAAUGCACCUACCAAUAUAGACCAUACAGAUACGUCAAAUGUGAUGGAAAUAAAUAACAAACAUAACAAUCCUUCAUCUCCUCUUCCUCAGAAGUAUUCAGCACAAACUCUGACGUCAGAUUUAUCUAAAGACUCCCAUACUGAUGAAAACUUUGUGGAGGAAUUUGCUGAUUUUGUGAGUGAUGGUCAGGUUGAUGAAGAUUGGGCUAUAUUUUCACCCGAAGUACAUAAAAACGUAGUUGACGCAAUAGAUGAUAAGCCUUCUAUAACAAAUUCUCGGAAUUCUUUGGAAUCAGAUGAUAAUGAAGACUUUGGAGACUACACUAAUUUUACACCAAACAUUGUUUCUGCCGCCACAAAUACUGUAAAUAUUCUGAAUAACGUUGAACCUCUAAAAAGCAAACAAGCACCUACUCCUAGUAUUUUGGAACGCUUAUUACAGAAAUUGGAGCCAUCAUUGGAUAAAGCUUUUGGACUUCAUUUCAAUCACCAGACUGAUGAAAAUUUAAAUCCGUCAAUAGAAACUCUUAAAAUCAGUCGACUUUACACAAAUAUCAAUAAAUAUGUUCAUACAUCAUCAAAUAAAGUUUCGACUUCGCUAGACUCUGAAUCAAGCAAAGUUAAUAAACGUAUCUGGAGUCGGCUAUGCAAUCCUGAUCGACUUCCUGAAAUAAAUCAACAAUGGUGGAAAUCUCCCAUUUUCAUGACAUAUUUGAAUGCUAUUAAUGUGAAUCCCCAACAUGCAAUUCCCGCAUUCGCUAGUCAACUUCGUCUACUGGAACCAGUUCGGUUGAAUAGUCAGGAUUUGCAUAAGAAUAUCACAUUAAAUGACAGUUCAACUAGUCAAGAAAAUCAUGCAAAUGUUUUGUUGCCGACAGAUAAUUUCAACGACAAAUCUCCAUCUAAUAGUUUAACGCAUAAUACUAAUUGCAACGAUACAGACAAUAAAAUAAAUCAAGUUCUGGAUUUGGACUUUUUUGAAACACGCGAAACUCAAAAUAAACCUAAUCUUCAUACAAAUGGGAAGGCUAAACAUUCUGAAUUAUCAGAUUUGGAAGCUGAACUAUCAGUUUUCACUAUUCCUCCACCGAUAACAACAAUAAAACCACCCUCAUUAUUAGUAGAAGCUGAUUUGAAAUUGUUAGAAAUCAAUAAACGUUCUAAAUUAAGUGAAUCUGUUCGUUCCACCUUAAAUCGUUUACCAAUGAUCAGCUAUAUGCGUUCAAAACGUCUCAUGUUUCCCGUGCAGCAACAGAGCCAAGAUUAAUAACAGCACCAAUAACUAUUAAAGAUCAAAUUUUAUUCUGAACAAGAUUCUUCUGAGUAUAAUUAGAAAAUCCUACUAUUGUGUUAUAUCAUUCAUAAAAGUAGGAAUAAUGGUUGUGUGUUAAGAAUAAUAAUAAUGUAUUUUACAGUUUGUUUUUCAAAUCUUCAAGUUUCUCUCAUAAAACAAAUCAAUAACUAAUCACAGUGAUGUAAAUCUUUUCUUUUCACUUGUUCACAAUUGAUUGGAUCAAAUAAUAAACAUCAUUAUCAUUAUGAUGAUGACAAUGUUGUAUUAAAAUGAAAAUGUUGCAAAACUAGAAAUUACACCUUCACUUUUUAAAAUUAUGUCCUUCUUUACUUCUGUUAUAAUACACAUAUAUACAGGUAAAAGUGCAAAUAAGAUAUCACUUUACAUGUAUUCUAUAUGUUUUGUCCCUUGUGUAAAUUCUACUUAUUUGUCCAGUGUAUUAUAGUAACAAAUCUAGAAAUAAUUUUAUUUUUACAAAUAGAUAAAGAGAAUACACUUGGUAUUUUUUAGUAUUUUUAUUGGAAGAAAAAAUUCAUUAUGAUUCUUUUUUUGUUUUUACUUACUUACUUACACCUGUUACUCCCAAUGGAGCAUAGGCCGCCGACCAGCAUUCUCCAACCCACUCUGUCCUCUGCCUUCUUUUCUAGUUCCAUCCAAUUCUUGUUCAUUUUUCUCAUGUCUAUUUCCAUUUCUCGGCGUAAUGUGUUCUUUGGUCUUCCUCUUUUCCUUUGGCCUUGAGGAUUCAUGUGAGGGCUUGUCUUGUGACGCAGUUGGGUGCUUUCCUCAAUGUGUGUCCUAUCCACUCUCAGUGCUUCUUCCUGAUUUCUUCCUCCGCUGUGAUCUGGUUUGUUCUCUCCCCCAGUACGUUGUUGCUAAUAGUUUUUGUUUUUAAAGUUUCCCCUUUUUGUUUUCUUACUGUAAAUUUUAAUGACAUUUGUCUUUUAUCAUGUUCACAUUGUGUUAUCACCUUUGGUGAUGAUGAUGAUGACGCAAUGAUAUUGUUACUGUGUUCUCAGAAAGGUAGUGACAAAUAACAAUUUGUCUUUUCAAAUUAUCUGUUUCUUGUUCUUUCUUUUUCGAUUUUAUUUCAUUGUUUUGUCAAUUGUUUUCUUUUCUUUUUUUUAAUAUCUAAGCGUGGGUUAGUUGAAUGUUAUACAAGAAAUUGUACUCUGUUUUCUAUCUCAUCUUUUCUUUCUCAAUUUGUUUUAUUUUAGAAAAACAAUUGUUUUUGUUUUACCUUUUAAAUUACUAUUAUGCACUUCAUUGUUGUUUCCUAUUUUUAUUUAGUUACAUAAUGUUAUACUUUGUCUUGGAUUACAUAUUCAAUGUUCAAUUAUGUUUUCUUUUAAUUGGUUAAUGAAUUAUUGACACAUUUAUACUAUAAAUAUGUGUAUUGAAGAAGUGUAAAUUACUUAUAUCAACAAGUAAGCAAUUAAACAUACUAAUAAUUCAUUAUGUGUAAUUUUCAUGUUAUGUUUCUUUUCAGUAGUAUAUACUUUAUUAUUAUAUCAUAUAAUUUGAUGGAUUAAUACUAAUGUUUGCUAUGAAAAAUAAAAUGAAUUGAGUGUUUGAUUAUUCAAUCAUCUGAUAAAAGUCGGUUACUUCAUUGAAAUAUAAUAAUAAGAUUCUUUAAUUUAUAGAUCAUUUUAACUAUGUAUUGAGAUCCACUGAAAUAUUAUUUUAAAUGUCCAACAAAACACAUUUAGACAUGUUUAAUUUCAGUGGAUGUAACUUUUCAACAAUAAUACAUACUUGUUACUUUUGAAGAGAUUGAAUCCUAUAACUUAUAGAUGUUUUAAUGAACGUUAAUAGCAUUAAACUUAACAAUUUAG